AAUUGCGUUUUGCGAAGUUUGACUCAAGUAGACGUUGCAAAGCAGUUACUUUUGCUACAGUGGGCCCCAGUCACCGAUCUCUAGCUCAAUGUGGUAGGGCGAGUGCUGGUUUAAAAAGGAUGGGCUGGACCCGCUUUUUUGUUACAAGCGGAGCAGCAUUUAUUAUUACGGGUCUACGAACCGACGUGUCUACUCUACCGUAUGCGCGCGAGGUCCUCUUGACUCUCGGGGGCAUCCUUCUUGUCUUGGGCCUCACCUGCUCAACGCCUCCCCACCAGCCAUCCCUGUAGCAAUGGGUGUAUCUGAAGACCGCACAGUGGGCAAAGCUACCAUCGACCAUUCCCAGCCCCUGCUCCGGCAAAUCGGCGCCCUGGGACCCAACUACUCAGCCUGGGUCCACGCACCCGAACCCGGCCAGCCGCGCUUCUUCCGAAACCACUUGCUGGAGGCAUGCUCCAAGACACCCUGGUGGGUGGUCCCCCUCGUCUGGCUGCCUCUCUUCACCUACUGCCUCGCCUGCGCAGUCAACCGCCACGGGCUACCCCUGCCGGUCGCCAUCUCCCUAGCGCUCGUGGGUGUGGUGGGCUGGCAGCUGUUGGAGUAUGUCGUACACCGAUUCGUCUUCCAUGCGAAUCUCAAAUCCCCACUGGGCUGCACCUUCCACUUCCUCUUCCACGGCUGCCACCACAAGUUUCCAAUGGACAAGCUGCGACUCGUCUUCCCGCCCGUACCCGCUAGCCUCCUCGUAGUGGCGGUCUACGGCAGUCUCGUGGCGACCUUGCCGUACGGCAGGGCGCUUGCCGUAUUCGCGGGCAUGGGGUACGGCUACGUGUCGUACGACUGCCUGCACUACUGGAUGCACCAUGCGGGGGGUGCCGGUGUUGCACUGCCGGGGGCCCUGCUGCGCGACCUGCGGCGGCGGCACAUGGACCACCACUACCGGGACUACAGCAAGGGCUACGGCAUCAGCUCGGCGUUCUUCGACAUCUUGUUUUGUACGGCAGCGGAUUGAUCGGUAAAUCAAAAUCCAAGUUAGGCAGGUGCGAGCUCGGCGGGUAGGGGUGCGGGAGUGAGAGGGAUUGGGGGCCGUUGUGGGAGAGUGAAGUGGGUAGGAUGAUUGCAUUGCGGGAGGUCUUGCGAAGGAGGCUGGGGAGCGUGAGCGUGCGUGGCAUCUGUUUGAUUGGGGGCUUGGGGGGUCUGCGAGCGAUACAUUGACUUGAGCAUCUGUUGAGGGUUAUGUGUUUUGUAGAAGCGUAUUGAGGCUGCAGCCCCAUGCACGGGUACUCACAUGAUUACCGUCAACUGUCCUGCCGAUGCAUUGUCGCGUAACACAUGGGUGCAUGGUAUUAUAGGUUGGGGCGUACUGUUCAGCGGGUUGAGCUGCAAACACCGCCGUGCAAUAUAUAUGGUCGCUCGAGCUAUCGGUGUAGCAUUGACCGUGCUGCUGCCCCUGCUCUGUCUGCAUUUUCCCUUGCUAACCUGUUAUGCAUGUGGAUAGCACAAGCUAUACGCAAAGGCAACC